AUGGCUGAUCUUCUUGCGGCUGCCAUGCUGGGGGCCUGUGUUGCGUUGAAGCAGUCUGGCAUUGACCCGGUCUUCUUUGAUGUGAGGAUUGGAGACAAAGAUGUGGGCAGAAUUGUGAUUGGCCUCUUUGGAAAAGUUGUGCCCAAGACAGUGGAAAAUUUUGUCGCUUUGGCAACAGGAGAGAAAGGGUACGGAUACAAAGGAAGUACCUUCCAUCGCGUCAUCAAAGACUUCAUGAUUCAAGGAGGUGACUUCACCGCUGGAGACGGCACCGGUGGCAUGAGCAUUUAUGGUGAGACGUUUCCCGAUGAGAACUUCAAGCUGAAGCAUUAUGGGAUCGGGUGGGUCAGCAUGGCCAACGCCGGGCCCGACACCAACGGCUCGCAGUUCUUCAUCACCCUGACCAAGCCCACCUGGCUGGACGGCAAGCACGUGGUGUUCGGGAAGGUCCUCGAUGGCAUGACCGUGGUACACUCCAUAGAACUUCAAGCAACUGACGAGCAUGACCGUCCACUCGUCACCUGCUCGAUUGUCAGCAGCGGCAAGAUAGAUGUGAAGACGCCCUUUGUGGUGGAGGUUGCCGACUGGUGAUGACCAGGAGAAAAGAAAACACUCUCGCCGGGGUGUGUGUGUGUACACAGGUGUGAGUGUGUCUGAGCGUGCACGUGAAAUACGUGUGUGCCUGCUGGCCUGUGGCUGUCUUGAUUCUCCAGUUUCUGAAAGUUUUGCUUUGCUUUAUUAUGCUCUUUUAAUUUGCCACUCUUUAUCACAGGAAAAAUUUUUAAAAACUCAUCGCUCAAUUGGGUGCCGGUGCUAAUGCCUAUAAUCCUAGCUACUCUGGAAGCUAAGAUAGGAAGAGAGCAAUUUGAAGCCAUCUGGGCCAGGAAAACCCACGAGACUCCUGAUUAAUCAGAAAAAAAAAAAAAAAAGCCUGAUCUGUGGCUCACGGUGGAGUGGCAGUCUGAGUAAAGCUGAGACAGCACCCAGGCCCUGAGUUCCAGCUGCAGUUCCAGCACAGACAACAGCACAAAACCCACUCAGUGUUUGCUCUCUAUGACUUGAUAAAUCACCUGUUCAGGGUCUUUUGAAUUGAAAAAAAAAAAAACUCUUCCUCUAAUGGUGCUAGUUUACAUUAGAAAGACUGUAUUGGCUCUUU